UUUUGUCGUCUGUUUUGUAGGAGAGAUGAUCGCGAGUGAUCCUUCCCUCGAUCCUCGUCGAUCGCUCGCGCUGGACAUCAUCGCUGCCUCAUCUCAUCAACCACUGGCAUCGUCGCAGGGCAGUUAGUUGAAGAGAGGGUGCGUGUUGAGGACUACCAAGUGGUGUUGUUGUUGCGGUGCUCGGUGCUGAGGUGCCUCGGUGCGCGAUUGUUGAGGGUCCAAUUGUGGAUUGCGGUGACGAGCUGCUGCUGGUGGGAUUUCGAGGAGGUUCGCAGCGAUUUUCUCAUCAUUCGUCGCAGAAACGGAAUCAUUGGGUGAUUUGCAGACCUCGGCACUCCACAGCUGGAAUCUGAAGUUAAUUUAAGAGGAGCUGCGCUCACUGACGCAAGCGUAACAUGAAUUAUUCUAAAUUACCUCAGUACGUGAUUUCAUGAGCGAAUUCUGGGCCUAUGCAUGAGUCCAACUUGUCUGUAAAAUUGAACUUAUAUAAAUCCUUAGUUGGUGAGUUCGUCAUAGGGUAUGGAAUUGGCCAAAGGUCUCUAUAUUCAUGAAAAAGAUGAUGGGACGAAGUAAGAUCCGGUUACGGAACGCUGCAAUUCCCGCAGUCUCCAGCUUCGCGUUGAUCUUUGGUUCGGCGCUUCUGUCUCUGGCCAUCUUGUCGUUCAUCUCGGCCAGGGUGCUUGAUGGUGAGAAUGCAACCACUAGCACCAAUCUCUUCCCUUCGGCUCUGUUGUCUAGACCUUCACCAGCCAAGUUGCAAGCCAUGGAGCUGGCCCCUGGUGAGAAGCAAGCGGCUGUAGCUGCUCAAUAUCCGAACCAAACAAUGGACCCUGUGGAGGAGUUGCGCACCUUGCAGAAUGUACCGGCGAGGUGGAAUGUAGGAGGGGCGUACUUAUGGGAGGCAGAAAAUACAGAAUGGUACUACGGAUGCAGUGACUCCAGUCGUUUCUUUCCUUCUGGGCCACCUCCGGAAUCGAAUGGUUACUUGUAUAUUGCAGCUAGUGGGGGGCUAAACCAGCAGCGCACUGGGAUUACAGACGCAGUUGUGGUGGCGAAGCUUUUGAAUGCCACGCUUGUAGUCCCGCAGCUGGAUCAUAAAUCAUAUUGGAAAGACAACAGCAAUUUCAGCGAUAUCUUCGACGUGGAUUGGUUCAUCUCUUCUGUAUCCAAAGAUAUCAGAGUCAUCAAGGACCCUGGUCUAGAAAAAUCAGUGUAUACCAGAGGAGUUCCACGGAAGGCCAAGCCAGCCUACUACCUUUCGAAAAUUCUUCCAAUCCUGCAAAAAAGAAAGGCACUACGAUUGAACCGAUUUGACUAUAGGUUGUCAAAUAGACUCAGAAGAGACUGGCAAAAACUAAGAUGCAGGACCAACUACAAGGCACUGCGAUUUACAAGCAACAUACAGGCGAUGGGUCAGACUCUGUUGGACAGGAUGCGGGCCAAGAGUGGCGGCCGUUUCAUUGCGUUGCAUCUAAGGUACGAAUCAGACAUGCUAGCGUUUUCGGGAUGCUACUAUGGAGGAGGCUCGAAGGAGAUUGCGGAACUGGGUUUGCUCCGCAAGCGUUGGAAGACAAUUCAUCACGUCAAUUUUGAGCGGGCGCGGCGCAAUGGAAAAUGUCCGCUGACGCCGAAAGAAGUUGGUCUCAUGCUUCGAGCUCUCGGUUACGGAAAAGACACAUACCUGUAUGUGGCCUCUGGGGAGGUCUACAACGGUGAAGAUUCGCUUGCGCCCUUGAAGGCGCUAUUUCCUAACUACUUCACAAAGGAGACACUCGCCAGAAAGGAAGAACUAGAGCCAUUCACUCAAUAUUCCUCCCGCAUGGCAGCCGUGGAUUAUAUUGUAUGCUCACAGAGCGAUGUCUUCGUGACGAAUAACAACGGCAACAUGGCGCGGAUACUGGCAGGGGAAAGGCGAUACCACGGCCACAAGCGGACCAUUCGGCCAAACGUGAGAAAACUCAACCUCUUGUUCUCAGUAUUCCAGCAGACUCCAUGGGCGGAGUUUGCUGCCGAAGUGCAGCGAGUGCAGAAGGGCUUCAUGGGCGAUCCGAAUGAGGUGAAGAUUGGACGAGGGGAGUUUCACGAACACCCACUGGUCUGCAUUUGCGCUAGACCUGGAGCGCCCCCUGUCGCGGGACAGGUGCAACAGGCGCUCGGCAGUACGACAGCCGCGGAGACCGAACAGGAAACUACAGAAACAGAGAUAGAUGCGCCAGGAACACCAGACACUGCCACUGAAGAGGAAGAGGGAGAGGAAGAGAGCAAGGAGGAAGAAGAGGACCUUCCCAUGAUCAUCGAAGAAGAGCAGUCCGUCAAUGCGGAGCUGGAGCACGAGCACUCCGACGCCGGGGGAAUGCAAGUGAUCAGUCUAGACGGUGACGACAGCUUCGACUUGAGAAACAAAAAAGCCUAAACACCCCCAUUGCGACAACCUCAUAUCUAUCUCACCCCAUGUGGAGCAACCCACUAGCUUCGACAGCUACCAAUUCCUAGACAACUUCGGGACACAUCUAGAAAGCGAAGUUACUGUUCUUCGAGGAAGACCAUCGAAUCAUCUGCCCAGCUACAGUGUGAAAUCUGUGGCCUCUAGCAGAAGUAACAUGUGCGCGUCCACGACAAAUUACACUCACCGUACCAUACGCAUCCCUGGAACCAGUGAGAGUUUUGUUGACGAAGGAACUGAAAACUGGAGGGCGGGGUCCCUCGAAGUUUGCAGACUCCGAGUUGGAUAUGGUGAGAUAGUUGAACAACAUGGUGGCUAGUUCUUGUGCUACAGUUCACAGCAGCAUGGAAACCAUUGUGCACGACGUGGGGCUUCUGUCACGUCUCCGCCGCCCUCGUUGCUGAUGAUGCGGAGCAGCAGCAACCAUUGACUCGAUCAUUUCUUCGUUGAGAAAACUAAACAGGCUUCUUAGGAGUCUCGAAAGUUUUCUGUAACGCAUAUAUUUUGUAGUUUUGCUGAUGUCUCUCCUUUGUCUUCACUACUUUCUGGAUUUUAAAGCGGAAACAUUCUUUGCAUUUUUUGGAGAUUGUUAAUUGGUGUACGUGUUUUGUAAGUGUCAGUUUUUUUUUGAUUAACUUGAUUUCUUGAAAAUCAGGUACUGAAUGAACUGAAAAAUUGUUCCUAAAAAUGAAUAUUAAUUUUUUUGAAGAA